UGCAUUAUUAAUUUCAUUGAAAAAAGGUGUGAUUUUUAAGCAAAAAUGAGUUUCCGUAAAGGAACAAUUUCUUUUAUCGCAUUGGUUUUUGUUUUAAUGAUCUGUCAGGUUUGUGAAGCUUGUAAAGCACGAAACAAUAUAGUAAAUACCGGUGGACCAGAUAGCUAUGUAUAUUCUGAUGGAGGAACUAAUAUAUUAGUUAGCGGUGGCCGAGGUCCAGCAGAUAGAGAUAGAAGUGUACCUGGUAUAGCUCCCAUUGGAAUCAACAAUGAUAUUAGAGGGGACGAUGGUUUUACACGUGCUAAUGACGGUCGAAAUUUUAAUAAUGAUGGUGGUUUUAGGGGUUAAUUGACUUAAAUAUACCCAUAGCAGAGAAGGCUUAAUAAACAUUUGUAAAUAAGAUAAAAAUAAGCUGUUUUCUUUUUCAAAAAUAUUUGCAAAUAAAAUUUAGAGAAAUUCUUAACAUGUGCGUUCUGAACAUG